GGGAGCGGGCCCAGCUUCUGCGGGUGGACCCGCGAGGCAGCACCGGCCCGCCCGGCAGCCGCACGUGCGGAGGCCCGGUGGCUUCCCCGCACAGCGCGGGGGCAGCUGCGGCCCGAGAGACGCGGGAGGGGGAAGGAGACGAGGGGUGACAGUCAGGCGGCCGGGGCGGGUGGGCCUGGGAGGCCGCUGGGAAGGGGGAGCCCCGGGGGGCUCCGGGCAGGGCGCCCCCUUUGAAGAGAGGCACUCUGGGCGCUGCAGCAGCCCGGGUGGCAGGUGGGGGUGGCCGUGGGCGCGGGAGGAGCGGCCGGAUUCGCGCGUGGUUUCAGGCUGCAGCCGUCGGGGUCUGCGGAGCUGUCGGCCCGUGGGUGUGAGAUGAGAGAGGAAGGGAAAAGCGGGGACCGAGGAGGAUGGGGCCCCAAGGCUGUGUAGGGAGGAGGGUUGGGGAAAAAUUCCACCGGAGUUUGGGCUUGGCUGUGUGAGGUGGGAGCUGAGGGUGGGACGCUGGCACGGGGAUGCCGUCUUGAAGCCCUGGGAGGUGGGCAGAUCCAGCGAGGUGGGAGGAAAAGCCGGAAAGGGUGGCGUCUGGAGGCCGGGAGGAGCAAGUGGUUCUCGCAGAGGGGAUCAAAUGGGUCAGAGGCUGGACGUGAUCAAGUAGGACCGUUGGGUUUAGCAAGGUGGAGGUGGCGGGGUGACUUUGACAAGAGCAGGUGGUAGAGGGGAAGAGGGAGUGAGUCUGCCGGUGUUGACAGCUGGGGGCCGGAGCCUUGCAUUUAUUUAGCUCACAGGUGUCCAAAAAGUAUUUAUUGAACACCCGUGUAAGUUUCUGCGGUUCCUUGGCAAGCAACAAAUUCAAUUCUCAAGUUCAGAAUAGAAUGAUGAUUUGCCUCCAUGCCACAGCUAUCCAGCAGAAGACGCAUCGUUUAAACAGUCAGGCGGAAGAGCUAUUUUGGCCUGGCACUGCCUUGUAGGCUCGUUGAACAUAAAUAAUAUCAAAGGACACCAACAUCGGACAAGGCUACCCUGUGAUCAUGAUGAAUCAGGACAGAAAUAAGACAACUGCAUAAUUAGCCCAUUCCAGUAACUAGUGUGACACAGAGAACCUGAUGCCACCUCUCCGGAUUGUCCCAAGCAGAUUGCUUUCCCAGCUGUAUCGUGGAUUGAAGUCUCCAGCCUCUGCGCAAACCAAGAUUUGCCUAACAAUGGCUCGUCCAAGUUCAAAUAUGGCCGACUUCCGGAAGUGUUUUGCAAAAGCCAAGCGCAUAGUCAUCAUUUCAGGGGCUGGUGUCAGUGCUGAGAGUGGGGUUCCGACUUUCAGAGGAGCGGGAGGCUAUUGGAGAAAAUGGCAAGCUCAGGACCUGGCCACCCCUCAGGCCUUCGCCCGAAACCCAUCCCAGGUGUGGGAGUUCUACCACUACCGGCGGGAGGUGGUGCAGAGCAAGGAGCCCAACGCUGGGCACCUGGCCAUCGCCGAGUGUGAGGCCCGGCUGGGUGGGCAGGGCCGACGGGUCAUGGUCAUCACCCAGAACAUCGAUGAGCUGCACCGCAAGGCUGGCACCAAGAACCUUCUGGAAAUCCAUGGUAGCUUAUUUAAAACUCGAUGUACCUCUUGUGGAGUUGUAGCUGAGAAUUACAAGAGUCCAAUUUGUCCAGCUUUAUCAGGAAAAGGGGCUCCAGAACCCGAAACUCAAGAUGCCAGAAUCCCAGUGGAGAAACUUCCCCGGUGUGAAGAGGCAGAAUGCGGGGGCCUGCUGCGACCUCACGUGGUGUGGUUUGGAGAAAACCUGGAUCCUGCCAUCAUGGAGGAGGUUGACAGGGAGCUGGCCCUCUGUGACUUGUGUUUAGUGGUGGGAACUUCCUCUGUGGUCUAUCCCGCCGCCAUGUUUGCCCCCCAGGUGUCUGCCCGGGGAGUGCCAGUGGCCGAGUUUAACAUGGAAACCACCCCUGCCACGAACAGAUUCAGGUUUCAUUUCCAGGGACCGUGUGGGAAGACGCUGCCUGAAGCCCUUGCUCCUCAUGAAACUGAAACUGCUUCUUAAGUGCCCUGAGGGAGGAAGAAAUCAUAGCACAUCUAAGUACCAGGCCACCAACAGGAGAAACAGUCUUGUGGAUGGUGAGCUGAAUCCUGAAAGGUCUGAAAAUAUCUCAUAGAAUCCAAUCUGCUGAUAAGUGAUGGGACUUAGAAGCAGCAGCAGUAAACGUGUUUAGAAGGAGAAGUCACAACUUCUCAAGUCAAUUCAUGUUGUUUGGUUUGAAGCUAAACAUGAGAUACCUCUGAUGUGUUUAUUUGGUUACUCUGAGGGAAACAACUUUGUAAUUAGAUUGUCUAAAAAAAGUAAUUAUCCUGAUUUUAUUUUUGCUAUUUGGGCAAUGAUAGAAGUAGAGGGGUAAAACCCUGGUAUUUCUGAUUUUUUUGCACAAGAUUUGAUGGAAAAUAAAAUCCCUUUCCACAGCAGGUAAUUUAUUGUA